AUGGACGACAGGCCUGUGUUCCCGCCACUCCCAGCCACCACGCACGUCUCCGGGUCCUCGUUGGUGGACAAAGCCACCUCAUCAGGCGCGGGGGACAACGAGACUGCUUACGUCACUACCACGAGCUCCCCGGCGUUGCCGCCACCGCUAACAGAUGUGUUCAGUUUCGAGGUGUGGACCAUUUUCCAGGUGACCAACUACGUGGUUAUCUGUGGUCUCCUCAGUCUGUUCGGCGUGGCGUCAAACAUCAUCAACAUUGUGGUGUUUGCCAAGCAAGGUUUUCAGGACAGCAUGAACAUUAGUCUGAUGGGCCUGGCGGUGUCUGACCUGUGCUCCCUGAUCACCAUGCUGUGGCUGAGUUUCUUCAUCCUGAACCCUCUCUUCAUCGGCCUGGGUCUGCCCUUUGACGCUAUGGACGUGAUGUAUCUUACGGGGGCUGUGCCACACGUCUUGUUCGGCAAGAUCACCAGCUUCAUCACCGCCUUCAUCACCUUCGAGCGCUGUCUCUGCAUCGCCCUGCCGCUCAAGGUCAAGAUGAUCAUCACCCCGCUGAGGACGAAGAUCAUCAUCGUCUCCAUCUACGUCCUCAUGAUCUGUUUCCCUACUCCGUUUUACGCCGGGAUAAGGCUGGGCUGGGAGUUGGACGCCUUCCGGAAUGAGACGAUUUUACAGAUCUCGUACGUGCCCGGGAGAGUGAGCAUGGAAGCAGUCACCUUUUUCAUCUACGGCGUCGUUUUUUCUACCGCGUCUUUCGUCUUCGUCAUCUUCUGCACCGUCAUUCUGGUCGUCAAACUCAACAGUAAAACAAAAUGGCGGCAGACCACGGCAGCGAAGGGGGUCAAGGCGGCGGAUGGGGCUGGACUCAAAGAUAAAAAGGUGGUGAAGAUGGUGACUUUAAUCUCCACAAUUUUCAUCGUUUGUUUCAUGCCUCCCACCUUCUUCUUUUUCGCCAUGACUCUAGAACCCGAGUUCCGCUUCGAUGGCGUCUACAAGAACAUCUAUAUGUCCGUGUGGUCCUUCUCCUUUGUCACAGAAACCAUCAACUCUAGUAUUACGUGGGGAAAAACACGGGUUUGCCGAGCAGAUCUCCAGCGAGAAAUUAACGUCAAACCACUGGCGAGGACGCAGGUGGAGGUGAAAGAGGAAGUGAUGUCAGCCAGCGGAGGGUCUGAGGCGGAGUCUGAGGACGCUGGCAGUGACAUGGAGGCAGGAAGUGGAGACUCGCAGACUGACGAAACAAGGUGA